GUUGAUCUCUUCGCUGGCAUUUUGGAUAAGUGAAUGUAGUGCCUUUGGGUGUGUGACAUAGCAGCCAUGAUGUAGUACCAUCUGAAAGCUGGACAAAGCUACAGAAGGUUGCGGUAUCAGAUGUCACUAGUAGAUUUGGGAAAGAAACUUUUAGAAGCUGCACGAGCAGGUCAAGAUGAUGAAGUUCGCAUUUUGAUGGCCAAUGGAGCACCUUUUACCACAGAUUGGUUGGGAACAUCUCCACUUCAUCUAGCAGCACAGUAUGGACACUACUCAACAACAGAAGUGUUGCUGCGAGCAGGUGUAAGUCGGGAUGCUAGAACCAAAGUGGACAGAACUCCAUUACAUAUGGCAGCAUCAGAAGGCCAUGCCAGCAUAGUAGAAGUCUUACUUAAGCACGGUGCUGAUGUCAAUGCGAAGGACAUGCUCAAAAUGACUGCGCUUCACUGGGCUACUGAACAUAACCACCAAGAAGUUGUAGAACUCUUGAUAAAGUAUGGAGCAGAUGUUCAUGCUCAGAGUAAAUUUUGCAAAACGGCAUUAGAUAUUGCAGUAGACAAUGGAAAUGAAGACCUUGCAGAAAUAUUACAGAUUGCAAUGCAGAACCAAAUCAAUACGAAUCCAGAGAGUCCGGACACUGUGACAAUACAUGCAGCAACACCACAGUUCAUCAUUGGACCUGGAGGGGUGGUGAACCUAACAGGUCUGGUAUCUUCUGCAAAUACAUCAAAUGGAACAGAUGAAACAGGAGUGUCUGCUGUACAGUUUGGAAAUUCAUCAACAUCAGUAUUAGCCACAUUGGCAGCUUUAGCAGAAGCAUCAGCUCCACUGUCUAAUUCUUCAGAAACACCAGUUGUGGCCACAGAAGAAGUUGUGACUGCAGAAUCUGUGGAUGGUGCUAUUCAGCAAGUUGUCAGUUCUGGAGGUCAGCAAGUUAUUACUAUAGUUACAGAUGGCAUUCAACUUGGUAAUCUGCAUUCAAUUCCAACCAGUGGAAUAGGGCAACCAAUCAUUGUGACCAUGCCAGAUGGGCAGCAAGUAUUAACAGUUCCAGCAACAGACAUUGCUGAAGAAACUGUGAUAAGUGAAGAACCGCCAGUGAAGAGACAGUGCAUUGAGAUUGUUGAAAAUCGUGUGGAGUCUGCAGAAAUAGAAGAAAGAGAAACUCUUCAGAAACAGCUGGAUGAGGCAAACAGAGAAGCACAAAAAUAUCGUCAGCAGCUUCUAAAGAAAGAACAAGAAGCAGAGGCCUAUCGGCAGAAGUUAGAGGCAAUGAACCGCCUCCAGACUAAUAAAGAAGCUGUUUAAUAAAAAAUGAACACACUGCAAAGCCUGUUACUUGCAAAAACCUGCAGUACAAUCUUGAACUGUACGCUAUAUAGGUACAGACACAGGAUUACAUGAUAGAGAAGAUGCUACAAGUUGAUAACUGGACUUAAGCCGUGAGCUCUGAUGAAUUUCUUGUAACAUAAAAACUCUGAAUUUAGAAAUUGUGAAAAGUAUUUAAAAUGAAAUACUGUAAAUAGUUGUUUUUUUUACAGUUUCAAAAUGAGUUGAUAAAUCUUUUUGAAGGGAUCCAGAAACACGAGAAGCCAAUGUUUUUGUGAAAUUUUUGAUUUUAGUAUGAAACUAACUUCUGAAAAACAGAACAGUUUUAAGGGUGAUGUUGUUGAUUUAAGCUGACAACUUGAAAAUGAAUUAUGUGACAAAAUGAAUUAACAGUUAUUUCUACAUAGUAACAACUUAAACUUCUCUGCAUAAGACAUUUCCAGGUGGAAAUCUUUGUACAGCUUUAAGUAGUUGUCUCAGAUUCUCUGAAAACCAUUUUUGGUUUUUUUUUUAUUUUAGGUGGUGAAAUUUUUAUAUUUAAUUUCAGAUAUAUCCAAGUAGAUUUACAUGUAUAUGAAGCUGAUAUUUUUUAAACUUUUCAGUUUGUACAUAUGCUGCAUGUUUUUAUAAUUUCUACACAUACAUCUUGCAUAGGUAUUUUUCAGCAAAGAUGAGAAAAACUAUGAGGAAAACGUUUAGCCUAUAGGUCAUUUGAAGUAAGCUAGCAGCCAGUUUUAUUGUGGAUGGUAUAUUUCUUGGAAGAAUGUAAUUUGUAAUUAAAAAGAACAAAACAAAAAAAAUCUUAAUUUACACAUUAGAGGCAAUUUAAAAUUUGGUAGUGGAGGCAUUGAAACUUCACUUUGUGUGUCUUACAAUUUUCCUGUACAAACAUUUUGAAGUUCAGUAAUGAAUAGAAAAGAAUGUCUCCGCUGGAACACAAAUACUAGUUCUUUUAGAAUAUUCCUAUUGAUCUAUUUUCCCCAAUAGCCUUGAAAUUAUUUCAGUGAUACAUUUUUUUCUAAACGGACUUUUGCAUUUUAAUUAUGCAAUUGGACAAGUAAUUUUUUUAUGUUGUAGUGAUGCUGCUCUUACCUAGCAUCAUUGUUCUUCACUGUGAUACUGUGUUUGUGUGUGUCUGUGCAGUGAUCUAUUACGCUUAGGAUUUAUAUAGCACGUUACAUCUUCAGAGCAUUGUAGAAUCUUUUAAAAAAAACCCUUACUGUACUGCCUGAGGCAGGUAAGUGAGUGUUAUUGUCUCAAUUUUAUAACUGGUAUAAGUGCAACACAGGGAGUGCUAAAUGACUGGCCCAAGACCACAUGAAUCUGUGGUAGACCUGGGAACAGAUCUCAGGAGUUCCUGGCUUCUAGUCCUGUGCUUAGACUGAGCUGCCUUAAGAUUGUUCAGUGCUGUGUUACAUUAAAUUUGCAACUACUGUGCAGAUUCCUUUUUUGUAAGAUAAAACUCUGUGCUUUGCUUUGUUGUUCCAUGUUUCACUGCUUUUAUGGAAUUGUUUAUAUAAACUUAAGCAAAAAGUCUAGUUUACCUAUACUGUACACAGAAGAAUUACCCUUAAAACUGUACUCUGGCCUACUUUUUCUAUUUUACAAUUAAAUAUCUUUUCCACAUAUAUAGAGUGUAGAAUCAAUUCCAUUUCAAU